AUGCCUCGGAUAUACCUUGCUGACUCUUGUAGCAUCUACCAGGAGAUCGGCGAGGGCAGAAGAGUCGCCCUUGCAAAGCUUGCAGCCGAUUCUCUGGUCAACGAGGGCCGGCCCUUUCGAAUCGCCAUUGACAUUGCUAUUUGGCAGUUCCAGAGCCAGGUAGCCCAGGGUGGCACCAACCCUGCGAUUCGAACCCUCUUCUACCGUCUCGUUCGACUUCUGGCAGCGCCCAUCAAGCCCGUAUUUGUGUUCGACGGCCCCUACAAACCUAAAAUAAAGCGAAACAAGCGAUCCGGUCGUGGCGAUGCAUUAUCGAAUGCGCAAGCGAAACGAUUAAUCCAUUUGCUGGGGUUCGCCACUCACGAUGCGCCGGGAGAGGCAGAGGCAGAGUGCGCUCUGUUGCAACAGCACGGCAUCGUCGACGCCGUCAUGAGUGAAGAUGUCGACACUCUCAUGUUUGGAUGCACAAAGAUGCUACGGCAAUGGUCUCCGCAGUCGAAGCGCCAAACGUGCCCAACACAUGUGUCGCUCAUCGACAAAGAAGAGAUGCGCCUGGUUGACCAAGGCCUUGACCGAGAGGGCAUGGUCCUUGUCGCCCUGAUGAGCGGAGGCGACUAUGAUCCUGUUGGAAUCGCAGGAUGCGGGCCCAAGGUCGCUGUUGAGGCUGCCAAGGGAGGCUUUGGCAAGAGUCUCUGUCGCUUGAAAACUUCGGACGAGGAAGGGAUCCAGGCCUGGAAGAAGUCGCUGGUACACGAGCUCCGUACCAACGAAAGCCACUUCUUCAAAAGGCGAAACAAGGCGUUGGUUAUACCAGACACCUUUCCCGACUUCAAGAUCCUACGCUACUAUACGCAUCCUGUGGUUUCGCCAGAGUCGAGUUUAGGGGAAAUCCGCGACAAGAUCUACCAAGAGCGAGAGAUUCAAAUCGAGGACCUGCGGGAAUUCACGCGCGAGAUAUUUGGCUGGGACUAUCGAAUAGGCGCGAUCAAGUUUAUUCGCGUCCUUUCCCAUGCUGUGCUCAUCAACAAACUGCUUGAUACGGGCUACGAUGAUGCUGGUUACAUCAAGGGGAUCACGGGAUUUAGAUCACACGUUAUGAGUGAUCUUGUUCCUGAAGUUCGCAUGCAGCACAUUCCUCUGGAGAUCAUACCAAUCGACUUGUCCAAGGAAGUGGAUGAAUCGAUCACUCAAGGCCGGACAGGGUUGGCACUUAAUAGUGAUGACGACAUCGACGAGGCCGAGAAUAUCGAGGAAACUUCCGGCUCCAAGUCUAAGUCAAAACCGUUUGAUCCUUCAGAGCGCUACGGCAUUUGGGCGUUGGAGGUGCUGGCCAGGAGAAGCGUGCCAGAGAUUGUUGCUGAAGCUGAGCUAAAGCACAAUGCUCGAGAAAGGGCCCUCCAGAAAAGGAAGAAUACCACAACAAAGUCCAAGUCGGGUAUCAAGACCUCCGGAACCAAGGCCAAGACUGGAAUGCCCGCCGGUGCCCUUGACAAAUACGUACAAAUCUCGAAAUCUCAGCCUGCUCCAGUGACGACGACAAAGGAGGACGCCGGACUCGGCAGGCCGAUGAGGCCAUCGCCGACCCGGCCGCAGCGACGUCUCCGAAUACCCUCCCCCCUGGAGCCAAGUAAGCACCAACCCACGUCUUCGACCUUGGGCAGCCCCACCAGGCAGACGAACCCUUGGACACUUGGCAGCUCACAAGUGAUGCCUAGGCCGCGAAAUCCUCCUCCAGCAGAUGAACAAGAAGCGAUUGUCAUCACAUCUAGCCCCGUCCGCCCGGUGGAUUCACCUCCCCCGUCCCCGUCCCCAAAACCUCGGGCUCAGGAGUUCCCUGAUACAGUACGCUCAAUCCUUGCUUCGGAUGGCUCUCCGAAGAGGGUGAGGAAUACGGCGCGGAGUUCAAGGCUUCCGAAGCUAUCGAGCUCAUCUCAGGGGUCUCAACCUACGAAGCUGAAGCAAACAUCUAUGGACUUUUUUACCAAAAGGUCCAACACUGACAUUUCAAACUCUCAACCAUCCCCCCCUAAACUCCCACCCCCACACUCCAAGCCUUCAGCCCUGUCAAAAGAUGUUGACCCCUUUGAUGACGACCCCUUCGAUAGCGAUUCUGAUGGCCUCGUGCCCCUAUCUGAGCUCAUCUCGCGUUCUCCUACCUCCCCCACCAAGCGCCACCAGCCAUCUAUCCCGCGGGAGCGAGACGCAAGCCCCAGUCCAGCCCCAGCGCGGAAGAAGAAGUUACUCAUCCCGCGGGCCAGUGAUGUGGGCUUCUUCAAAGAGGUCGAGGUGGAUGCUGACGAGCGUGAUGAGCGGCUGGCUAGGGAGACAGCAGCUCUGGAUCGCAAGGGCAUCAAGGCGAGGGUUGUGCGGGUGAGCGAGAUUGGAUUUAUAGAUUUGACGCAAGAGGAUUGA